CGCGCCGAGGACAAACGACAGAUACUUGGCGACUCUGCUCGCGGAGCGGCAAAAUCUGAGUCCUUUUGUGGAAGUUCUACCGAACUGUAGUCGGCUGCUCAACCAAGCCUCUGCCAAUUUUGAUGGGCCCAGGAGGCUCAGUCCCACAAGUAUCACCCUUCUGGGGAGCACAGGGAGCUGCUGCGGGACCACUUGUGAGGAAGACACGCAGGAUUGAUGUUCCUGUUGACAAGCACCCAAAUUACAAUUUUGUUGGACGCUUACUCGGUCCUCGAGGCAACUCUCUAAAGAGGGUUGAGAGUACCACCGGUUGUAGGGUUCUGAUACAAGGAAGAGGAUCCAUCAAGGACUCGGGAAAGGUGCGACAAAGUCCAGCUGCUGAUGAGCAUGCGAAGGAACUUGAAGAUAAAAUGAGGGAUAAGCCAGGGUUUGAGCAUUUGAACGAGCCGCUGCAUGUGCUCAGCGAAGCCGAGCUUCCCGCAUCAACAGUUGAUGCAUCACUGAAUCAGGCUGCUGAAAUCGUAGAGGAGCUUCUGAAGCCAGUGGAUGAAAACUACGACGUUGUCAAGAAAGCACAGCUGAGGGAAUUGGCAAUCCUCAAUGGAACCCUUUGUGAAGAUUCGGGGCCAUAUUAUGGAGGAUCUGCAGCGAACAGUGCUGGUCUGAAACGCGCAAAGAGUAGGAGAUGAUGGAGUUUGCCUCGAUUAUCAGCGCUUUGCGACUUUUUUGAAUUAAUCGGUCGGAGAAGGGAAGAUGUUACGAAGGGUCUGAAGAGAAAAAGGGGCGAUGGGAGAGUGGUAUGUGCGCGGGCGGCAUUGGCUUACACUAG